ACACUCCUGCCGCGCCCACCCCAAGUUUCGUCUCAGAGAGGCACAGCGGGGCCUUGCAGUCUAGGCCAGACGCGGAGUCCAUCAUGGUCUCACGCUGGCGGGGUUUGAGGUGGCAGGGGGAACUCACGAGCUUCUCGAACUCCUGGUGGACGAGUGACUGGUCCGCGCGCACGCGCACAGACAAACCGUGCGCCGCCCACUGCGCCCUAGUGUCUUCCGAUUCCCGGCGGGACCCCGUGGGCUGCGGACUAUGCCUGACUACGACGAGGUGACCGCCUUCCUAGGCGAGUGGGGGCCCUUCCAGCGCCUCAUCUUCUUCCUGCUCAGCGCCAGCAUCAUCCCCAAUGGCUUUACUGGAUUGUCAAGCGUGUUCCUGACGGCGAUCCCGGAGCACCGUUGCCUGAUACCAGACACGGUGAACCUGAGCAGCGCGUGGCGCAACCACAGCAUCCCGAUGGAGCUGAAGGCCGAACGACAGGUGCCCCAGAAAUGCCGCCGCUACCGACUGGCCACCAUCGCCAACUACUCUGAACUGGGGCUGGAGCCAGGACGGGACGUGGACCUGGAGCAGCUGGAGCAGGAGAGCUGCCUGGAUGGCUGGGAGUACGACAAGGACCUCUUCCUGUCCACCAUCGUGACAGAGGAUUCCAGCUUAUACAGAAGACCAGUGGAAACACCAAGCCUCAUGGGACUGAGUAACUACUACAUUCUUGGACUUCCUGUUCAGUCUUGGAUUUCCCAUUCACACCUGCCUAUUGUUGGCUUAGUUGGACUGCAGACUUGGGACCUGGUGUGUAAGGAUGACUGGAAAGCCCCACUCACCACUUCCUUCUUUUACGUGGGUGUGCUCUUAGGCUCCUUCAUUUCGGGACAGCUCUCAGACAGCAAAUAUGUAGUAUGUAAUAUGUUCGAAGCUCUGUUAGAAGAUACAGCACACCUUAAAAACCAACUAGGUCACCAUAUCCUCACACCUCUCUGGCAGGAACUGUUACUUCCAUUUUUCAUUAGCAUCAUUGUGGCACUGCCUUUGAGGCAGCCUGAGUGUCCAGACUACACAUUCAUC